UAUCACAUAAAAGAAAUAUCCCCCAAGCCCCCCACAACAACAAGAUCAAGAGAGACCAGAGGGGGAUUCCUCCCUGCAGACAUGCAUUGGCAAAAAUCUUCUGCAGCUGAGCAGCCCCUGCCGUCCCGCCCCUACCAAGGAGUCCGGGUUAAAGAGCCGGUGAAAGAGUUACUGAAGAGGAAACGGGGCAGCGCUCAAAAUGCCAAAGUUGCUCCUGAAAGCAUGGCGCUGUUUUUCCCCCACCAGUCGCUUCCAUCCUACUCGCCCACUGGUCAAGUUUACUCCGAGACAGAUUUGGUCACCUCGUCGCUGCCUCUGAUGGAGGAAGGAGCACUUUAUUCGGGGUGGUUGACUCAGCCACCCCCGGCCACAUUGCAACCUCUGACUCAGUGGACCACGUCCCCGGAGUACGUGUCUCACGAAGCGGUCAGCUGCCCUUACACGGCCGACAUGUUUGUUCAGCCGGUCUGCCCCAGUUACACACUCGUGGGGACAUCCUCGGUGCUGACCUACACUUCUCAGCCACUGAUCACAAACUUUGCGGCUCGAUCGGCCACAAGCCCAGCUGUGGUGCCUCAUCUGGAUGUGAUGGACCAGCAAGCUCCCCUGAGCUACUUCCCCUGGACUCAGCCCAUCCCAACUUUACCAGCAACUUCCUUGCAAUACCAGCCAGCUUCGAUGGCCCUCUCUGCUCCCCAAUUUGUCCCCCUCCCCAUUUCGGGAGCUGACCCACUCCCCCAAGUAUUAGAAGACACCAGGAAGGAGAUGGCCCCUCUGACACUCGAGAAACUUCUGCAGGACGACACAAACGACACGUACGAUUUAAACAACAGCCUGCCGGUUGAAGGACUCUGAGACUGGAUUUUGAGCCAAGAGAGAUCCUCAAAUCUCUGUGGUUCCGUUCCAUUCCUUCCUUCCUUUUCUUCUCUUCUUCCUUCCUUCUCUUUCUGCCUUUCACUGUCGUUUCUAGGUGACCCUCAGCUUCUUUUGCUUUCUUUCCAAAGUUUCAGAAAUGUGGGAUGGAAACACCAGGAUCUGUUUUGGAAAAGAAGCUGCAAUUUUGAAUCUUUGCAACCAGAAUUUUGCAACUAAAUAGCCUCCUUCUCCUCCUUCUCCUUCUCCUUCUCCUUCUCCUUCUCCUUCUCCUUCUCCUUCCUCCUCCUCCUCCUUCCUCUUCCUCUUCCCCUUCCCCUUCCCCUUUCUCCUCCUCCUCCUCCUCCUUCUUCUUCCUCCUCCUCCUCCUUCUUCUUCCUCCUCCUCCUUCCUCUUCCUCUUCCCCUUCCCCUUCCCCUUCCCCUUUCUCCUCCUCCUCCUCCUCCUCCUCAUCUUCAUCUUCUUCUUCUUUUGCACUGUGGGAAUGACAAACUUGCCCCAAGAAUGUAGCCCCCAAACUCCUUUUGAGAUGACUGUGCAGAUCUUUUGAGCCCAGUGGUCAAAAAUUGACAACGAAAUUCCUCCCCCAUAAUCAUGACAACAAAAACAGCCAAUCUUUGAGGAAGAGUUAACAUUAAAAGUAAAGAGUCCGUUGAGUCAGGGUUGAGUCCAGGAAGGAAUUUGCCAUUUCCUUCAACUGUUUCCCAAAUUUGGAGAUCAGAUGGAGCAACCACAAACCCAGCUCCUUCUUUCCAUACCUCUGAGCCAAAUUCUUGCCGAGCGAUUCAGAAUCUCUUGCUUGGUUAGAGUUUAUGGAUUGGAUGGCAUGGAGUUCUGUUUCCCCCUCCCCUUAGAAAUCCAAUACAGCUCAGUCGAAGCAAGAUAGUUUAUGCCGUGGCAACUCCCUAUUUGGAAUCGGGACUUUUUUCUAUCUUUGGAAAAGGUUCUAGUUGUUCUUCUUCUUCUUCUUCUUCUUCUUCUUCUUCUUCUUCUUCUUCUUCUUCUUCUUCUUCUUCUUCUUCUUCUUCUUCUUCUUCUUCUUCCUCUUCCUCUUCCUCUUCCUCUUCCUCUUCCUCUUCUUCUUCUUCUUCUUCUUCUUCUUCUUCUUCUUCUUCUUCUUCUUCUUCUUCUUCUUUGAUUUAUAUGCCGCCCUUCUCCGGAGACUCAGGGUGGCUUACAAUGCGUUAAGCAAUAGCCUUCAUACUUUUGUAUAUUUUAUACAAAGUCAGCUUAUUGCCCCCACAAUCCGGGUCCUCUUUCUUCCUCUUUCUUCUCCUUCUCCUUCUCCUUCUCCUUCUCCUUCUCCUUCU